AUGGAAUGCGACAAAACAUUGUUGUCAAUAGGUUUUGAGAGAAGUCAGCUAGAACAUGCUGUGUAUAAAAGAGGAGAAGGGAAAACUCGGCUACUUGUGGGUGUAUAUGUGGAUGAUCUGGUGAUCACAGGGGCAAGCGAGGUGGAGAUUGCAAAGUUUAAGAAACAGAUGAAGGAUUUAUUUAGUAUGAGUGACUUGGGGCUGCUCAGCUAUUAUCUUGGUAUUGAAAUGUUACAAGUACCAGGAGGAAUAUUCAUUGGACAAGAAGCUUAUGCUAGAAAAAUUCUUGAAGUGUCAGGCAUGGAAGAUUGCAACUCCACACAAGCACCGAUGGAAGCCAAGCUGAAAUUAAGUAAGCAAAGUGAUUCACCAUUGGUUGAUCAAACCAUGUACAGGAGCCUUGUUGGUAGCUUGAGAUAUUUGGUGAAUACUAGGCCAGAUUUGGCCUAUGCCAUUGGCAUUGUGAGUCGCUUCAUGGAAUCCCCAACUACAGAACACAUGAAUGCGGUGAAGCACAUACUGAGGUACGUGCAGGGAUCAAUUGAUCAAGGCUGCUACUAUGCAAGAAGAAAGAAAGAAGCUGAUUGGAUGGAAGGGUUUAGCGACAGUGAUAUGGCAGGAGAUGUCGAUGAUCGUAAAAGCACAACUGGGGUGGCAUUUUUCUUUGAUGGAAACAUUUUCGCAGAAGCAAAAGGUAGUUGCACUUUCAUCUUGUGA